CGUGCGACGCUACUUUUGACGUUAGUGCCGCGAGUGUGUGUUGUUUUUUGCGUUCCUUACGGGGCGUUACGGGGUGAGAGGUGAGGAAAAAGCGACGACGACGACGGAGACAACGACGACAACGACGACGGUGGUGAGGAAGAACAAAUAAGAGUUAAUAAAAAAGUGAAGGACAAAAAAACAAACGCGAGGAACGAAGACGAGCGCGUCCUGGUGCGGAACACGAACCAAGAUUUUCCGUCGGAAAUCGUCACUUGGAAGUGUGUAAACGCUUUAGGAGUCGCAGAACAUUUCUCAUAGUUUUUUUAUUUUUCACCAAGCGCCACAAGCGUGCGCGAAUGUGGCUGCAAUUGUACAGAAUCAUUCGGUUUUUUUCUGGCGUUUGUUAACUAAGAAAUAAAAACCCCGCAUCAGGUUUUUGCGCGUACGGGGAACGGACACGAAUCACUACGCGCGCAUAUAUAUAUAUAUAUAUAUAUAUAUAUAUACAUCCAUAUAUCCCAAACUCGAGAUGUGCCCCUAUUGGUCAAUUUACGAGACUAGUAUGGGACCGUGAUGGAAGGAACAUGGCUGCGACGCAAGCCGAGAGCCAACAAAACGAUGUAAAGCACAGCGAUAAAGUGAAAUGUACGAAGAAACGUUCAUCAUUGAGCGUGAAUAGCGCGAGUGUUUGCAUAAAGCAACAGAUUGAUACGGACAAGUGUGAUAGAGGGUCGAGGGGCGGUGCCCAGCAGCCGCCGCUCAAGUAUGUGAAUCGUGAGGUGAACUCUUGUUUCGAGAUGAGUCAAUAUCGCGAGGACAUUGGCGGACACACCGCUCCUGGCGAGGUCAAGUCACCACGGGAGGUCGUAUUAACCGGUCAGGAUAAUACCGGCAACAAGCCCGAUCACAACGAGCAGAACGUUCACGUCACUACCCACUCCUCCAAUCCCUUUGGUACUGUCGUAACGAGGGAUUACAGCGACGAGUAUCCAAAUAAACCCAACGAUUAUCCCACGAACAAACAGUUGUCAGAGUACAGCGGUAAACAACAACAACAGCAGCAGCAACAACAACAGCAGCAGCAACAGCAACAUCAUUUGCAUCAGCAGCAGCAGCAACAGCAACAAGAGUACAGCACCGGCGGCAAAGGCCCUGAAUUUCCUGUUAAACAACACGAAUAUCAUUCCAAACAGCAACAACAAUUGUCCAACGACAACGAGAGAGUACAUCCUAGCGAUAUGGAAGAUCAUUACGCCGUUUCUAAAAUAGAACCGCGCUUGGCGCACAUAGGACCUGGACCAGGCGGCUUUGGCGCUCAACCACGAUUUCUUUCCGGACAGAGUAUCUCCCAAGCCACCGGACCUACUCCCACUCUCAAUCAGUUGUUACAAGCCACCAGCUCCGUACAUCGUUUUCAUGCCAACUAUCCUGGCAUCGGACCGGAAUCUUAUCAACAACCUUGGCCCAUGCAAAGACCACCCGUCGUACCACCCGUCUAUCCACAACCCAGCCAACGACCUCCCCAGACGGGUUCACCAAGGCUACAUCCAGGUCCAGGAGGGCCGAGUUCGCCAACCCCGAUGCAAUAUCAACCGUACACGGCGCGUUACUCGUCACCCGCGAGGCCUCACUCGCCCUACAGUCAUCAUCAGUUAAAUUCUUAUGCCGCACAAGCGGGUCAUCCUUCGACGUUGUAUCCAGAACAACGUGGCUGGAAUCAAGGUGGUCCACCAAAUCCACCGCCCCCGCCUCCUAAUCAAGCUAAUUCUUCGAGUCAAUCACCACAGCGAGCUCUUUCACAAUCUCCUGCGCCACCACCCUCGGCUUCACCCCAGCCGCAACAACCUGGUCAAACACAGAAUUUUCACAAUAUGCAACGAUCGACGACACCUAAUACUCAAGGAAUCGAUUCUGGGGAACUCUCCGGUCAAAAUAGUAACGAUAGUUCGAAUGGACCUGUGGGUCCAGGGACACCAAAUUCCCAGGGGAUGAGGCCUACCCCUUCGCCCACUGGAUCUACAGGUUCUCGGUCAAUGUCCCCUGCCGUUGGUCAACAAAACGUUCAGAUGCCUCCUCGUCCGUCGAGCAGUCAAUCGGAUGGUAGUGGUCCAGCACGCAUGAGUCACUCCCCAAUGACUACGCAAGGAGGUUAUCAACAGCCCCUGGGGCCAUCGCCACAUAUGCACACUUACAAGAUGAACAGUAGUGGUCCAGGCGUGGGUCAACCAGGACCAGGACCCGGUGGUCUUGGUGUUAUUGGACCUAUGGGCGGUGGUAUGGGCUAUGCCGGCGGAGGUGGAGGAGCAGGACAACCCGGUGGAUAUCCGGCUCAAGGGAAUUAUCCACCUCCUCGACCGCACAUGCAAUUUCCACAGGGUUAUCCACCGCCUACAAAUUCUCAACCGCCACCCAACAAUCAAUAUCAACCUGUUAGACCGAACAAUAUGGUGCAAUAUGGUCCUCCGUAUCCGCAUAAAAUGGGAUUCAAUAGCGUACCACCGGGUAUGCCACCGAGUCCAGGGCCUCCUCAGGUUUACGGCGGAGCCGGCGGAGCAGGUUUGGUACCGCCGAGUACACCAGGUAUGGGAGGUAUAGGUAACAUGGGACCACCGGCGAGUUCAAUGGGUCCACCACCACCCUCGCCCAAUCACGUGAGCAAUCAGCCACCGCCGCCUCCGACAAGUUCGGCGAUACCUCAUCAACAACACCCGCCAGCUGCGACGCCGCCUCUCAAUCAUGAGGGUAGUCCAAUGCCACCUCCGAGCACCACUCCAAAUUCACAUCCAGCACCGGCACAAACUCCAACCAGCCACAGCUCAGCUGAUCUCGGUCCCGAUACUUCCAACGACAGUGGCAUCACCACCACCGCUUCAGGUACAACGGCUAUUAAUGUGACGUCUACGUCAAGCGGUACAGUGACAUCGGUCAUAACGACCGGUCCGGAUGGCACGUCAAUUGACGAGGGUUCUCAACAGUCGACGCUUUCAAAUGCAUCAGCUGCUUCCGGUGAGGAUCCUGCAUUCACACCAAAGUCUCGCAAGGAUAUCAUUGGUGGAUAUCACAGUCAUCCGGCUACGCCCCAGAGUACCGUACCCUCACCUGGCGCAGCUAGUAUAAAUUCUAUUCACGAAGAAUAUCCCGAUAUAAACAGUCCUAGCUGGCCCCGUACACCGGCCAGUCCGGUGUUUAACAGUCAUGUGCCUCAAGACCCAUACAGAUCUAAGAAACCGGAUAGUUUGGCAAAGCUAUACGAAAUGGACGACUCGAUAGAGCGAAGAAGUUGGCUCGACAAGCUCGUGUCAUUUUUGGAGGAGCGGAGAACACCGAUAACGAGUUGUCCCACCAUCUCCAAGAACCCCCUCGACCUCUUCCGUCUAUAUCUCUACGUAAAGGAUAGGGGGGGCUUCAUGGAGGUAUGCAAGGUCACGAAAAACAAAACAUGGAAAGACAUCGCCGGUCUGCUUGGGAUCGGUGCUAGUAGCAGCGCAGCUUACACACUUCGGAAACAUUACACGAGGCACUUGCUGGCGUACGAGUGUCAUUUCGAUCGCGGAGGCGUUGAUCCCCAACCGAUUAUCAAUCAGGUCGAAGCUGGCUCGAAAAAGAAAGGUGCCAAAGGUGCGGCAUCGGUACCCUCGCCAGGGUCUUCUAAUUCCCAAGACUCUUUCCCUGCAGCCGGUUCGAGUAGCGCGUCCAUGGACGGUUAUGGCAAUUAUCAGGGCAAUUACACUAGUGGCAAUCAAGGUGGUCCCUCUUCGGAGUAUACCCCGCCACCUCCGAGGCCACCGAGUCAGAGCAACGCACCAACCUCUCAUCAAGGGAUGCAACAGGGAAAUUACCAGAACGCAGGUUCUUAUCAGAACUAUCCCCAGGACCAGUAUAUUCGGCCGCCCGGAGCAGCGAUGAGUCAACAGGGAGAAUUCAAUCAACCGUAUACGCCACGAUCGCACUAUCCACCGUACGUGCCGGAUGCCGACAGGGGAUACCCCGGUGGCAACAUUCCACCAAACAGCGCCGGUGGUCAGGACAUGUACAAUAGGUACAGCGGUGGACAACAACCUGCCGGUUAUCCAGCGGGAACCUCGCCGAACGUUCGUACGACGAAUUAUCCUUCCGCGGCUCAGAGUCAUCCACCGAAUCCACCGCAGCAACCAUCCACGAGUCAGCCGUCUUCGCCAUCUCAAUCGCCAGCGACGCCAACGUACUCUUGUCCACAAGAUUAUUAUCGGCAGGAGCAGAGCGGUUACGGAGGACCAACGGGCAGUCAAAUGUAUCCAUCUGGCGGUCCAGCGAAUAAAAAUAUGCCACCGCCUCCACCGGGUCCUACACAACCGAGACGACAUCCGGAUUUUGCCAAAGACCAGCAGUAUCCACAGUAUAAUCAACAGCGGCCGCCUUAUCCAGGCUGGCCAGGAGGUACCAACCAGUAUAACAGUGGUAGUACGAACAACAGGGUUCAAGUUUAUCCAAGUCCUCAAGCACCCCCGCAAUCGCAGCAGCCGCAACCUCCACCGACACAGCCACCCGUAGCCGCUGCUCCAUCGCCGUCUCCAACCGCUGGAAAUAUCAAUAACAGUCAACAAUGGGCGACGCAACAACCCACCAGACCAUCUUCGCAACCCAGCAUAAACGCUAUACCACACGCACCACCCGCGUGGGAGCAUCGAUACCCGAACCAACCGUCGUCUCUGUACCCACCACCAGGAUCGCAUCAGAGCCAAUUGACGAUGAACCCGAUGAUAAACCAGCAACCCACGCCCAAGAGAGAAAUGACAUUCCCAGCUGACAGCGUCGAAGCUGUUACGCCUUUGCUGUACAAGAGACGCAAGUUGACACGUUCGGACGUAGCACCGGUCGAAGCAUGGCGAAUAAUGAUGGCACUGCGCUCGGGUCUUCUCGCCGAAAGUUGUUGGGCCCUCGAUGUUCUUAACAUACUUUUGUUCGACGAUUCUUCGGUGAGUUACUUCGGCCUGACACAUUUACCUGGUCUCCUCGACGUUUUGCUCGAGCAUUUUUCUCGCUCGUUAUCGGACAUGUUCGAGUCAUCAAUGGUGGAAGAAGAUCGAUACUGGGGACAAACGCACGAAGGACCCGAGGUCGAUCUGGGCAUAGUGACCCGACCGAUCGACGCCGAGGAUCGUACAAAGUUACUAACUACCUCGAAUUACACGUUUCUAUCAAGACGCGGUAGACCAGUGAAAAUGAUACCGCGGGACGAGGAUUUAUUCGUUCUCGACAAUCGACGACAGUGGGAUCACCAAGAUUGCGACACGGACGUCGAGCCAUGGCAAGUCGAUGGUCACGCGACCAAAUACAUUAUGACGUGCUUUCAGUCGGAAAUAGGUAUUGCCCCGUUUGCCCGACACUUGAGGGACGAGAAGCCCCCGUUGCUGCAAAAAGAAGUUGACAAUACGGAGAUGAAAGAGAGUGAAAAGGACAGCGGCGAUGACUCAUCGCCGGAUAAUAUAGAUUCAUCGAACAAAUAUGAGGAGGAGGGUUGCGACGACAAGCCCAAGGAGAACGGUGAGAGAAAGCAAAAUGACAAAAAGAAAAAGACGAAAACGCUGAGCGACGUAUUGUCGAGGAUUAAAAAAGAACCGGUCGAAAUGAACGAUCUUGGUAGAGAAUUGUUCGAGAAGAAGAACGACGGCGGUAAGAAAGACUGCUGUGGCGAGCCUGAGAACAAAGCGAACAACAAUAUGGGUGAACAUUUUCCGGAAUUUACGAAAGUUGUUGUGGAAGAGGACACCUUUCCGACGCACAACGGAUUGAGCGAUUCGACGAGUACGAUAGACUCGGAUAAGCCACGGGACGUUAAAAUUGAGAACGACGACGAGGCCGAACAGUGUUUGCUCGUUAACGAGGAGAGAGAGGGACCAAGAUUGAAGAUAAGAGAUCCGGCGGGUACGCUCAAAAGGAGACGAAUAAGCGACUACGAGGACGAGUCUUAUUCCCGAGACGAAGCGAGUCUUUACCUCGUAACCGAAUCGCAGGACAGCCUCGCUCGUCGAUGCGUCUGUUUAUCAACGAUAUUACGAAAUUUGACAUUCAUACCCGGCAACGAGAUGGAGUUCGCCAAGAACGUAACUUUUCUCAGUUUGCUCGGCAAAUUGUUGUUGUUGCAUCACGAGCAUCCGGUUAGAACACAAAAAACGCGUAAUUAUGAUCGGGAGGAGGACGCUGAUUUUGCCGAUUCGUGCAGUAGUCUACAAGGCGAGAACGAGUGGUGGUGGGAUUUUCUCUAUCACAUAAGGGAGAACGUGCUCGUAAUGGCAGCAAAUAUAGCCGGUCAGACGGAUCUAAGUCAGCAUCCCGAGGAGAUAUCGCGUCCGGUACUCGACGGGCUCUUACAUUGGGCGGUGUGUCCGGCCGCCCACGGACAAGAUCCUUUUCCAACGGUCAAUCUUAAUUCUUCGCUCUCACCUCAGCGCCUCGCCCUCGAGGCACUUUGCAAGUUGUGCGUUACCGAGAGCAACGUUGAUCUCGUUGUCGCGACACCUCCUUACUCGAGACUUCAGAGAUUAUGCUCCGUACUUACGAGACUGUUGUGUCGUAGCGAGGAACAAGUAUUGCGCGAGUUUGGUGUUAAUCUGUUGCACUUUUUGUCCGCGGCCGAUAGCGGUGUCGCGAGAACAAUCGCAUUGCAAACCCCGUGCGUCGCGUUACUCGUUGCUUUUAUCGAGCAAGCCGAGAGUAGCGCCCUCAGUGUUGCCAACCAGCAUGGUCUUGCGGCCCUUAGGGACAAUCCGGAAUCGAUGGGCACCAGUUUGGACAUGCUGAGACGCGCGGCCGGUACAUUGCUGAAUCUCGCUAGGCAUCCGGACAACAGAACUUUACUGCUUCAGCACGAGUCGCGUCUCUUGGCUCUCGUUAUGAGCCAAAUUCUCGAUCAGCAGGUUGCUGCUAUAGUUGCAAGAGUGUUGUUCCAGUGUUCCAGGGGUACGUAACUCACGAGAGAGCCUCUUUAAAGUUUCAUAUAUAUUAUAACAACCGCGCGCCCUGGCCCCCUUCCCUUUGCCCCUCCCGCGCCGCUCCUUACCCCUUCAUUUCUCAAAUUUCGCGAAAAGUGAAAAAGUUAUACCGAGGCAACGAACUACUUUCGACCACGGAAUAUUUCGAACGAGUUCAUUCUCCUUCUUCGAGAGCGAGACAGAGAGAGAAAGAGAGAGAGAGAGAGAGAGGGAGACGCUGGAAAAGCUGCGUGGGUGAAACUAAAGCGAUAGAAAAAUAAUUAAAAAAUCGAAAAAAAACACUCGAAAGUGAGAUAAAAAGAAGAAAAGAGUACUGCGUUACUCUUCGCCACCCGCCCCUGGAUUUCCCGUGACCCUGGAUUUAAAGAAAUGUCCCUUCGCGCACUCCUUACCGCCCUCUCGACCCAGCAGUGCAGUUGUAGUUUUAUAUCGAGUUACGGAAAUAACAUAAAAAAAAAACAAAAAAAAAAUUAAUAAAAAUAAAUGCUAAUUAUCGGUGUUAGCGCAUUAGGUAUACACGAAUCGGUGUGGUGUUCACCAUUGGUAUACCUUCCAUUUUGUGAAUUGGAAAUAAUAUCGAUAGUGUAAGAUAUUUCAUAGUUAAUGAAAGAGACUUGAAAAGCAACAGCAUCUGCAUAAUAAUAUAUAUAUAAAAAACAAAAAUAAAAUAAAAUAACAAAAGAGAAGAGGAUGGAUGAACAAAAAAAAGCGCAGAAGAAUUAUGAAAUAUAAAAGAAAAAGCGGGGGGGGGGGGGGGGAUAAAAGCGAUGAAUUUAUGAGGCAUAAAGUAACAUAAAAUACGAUUUAAAAACAAAAAUCCAACAAAAUGACACGACGAAGUGCUAUAUGGCGACACGGAAUGAAGAAUAAAGCAUAAAAAAAAUGAAAAGUAAAGCGAUGAGAACGGGGAUGAGAAAUAAACGUCGACACUCGACGGUUAUAUACAUAUUAUAAUAAUAUAAUGCAAAUUUUUAUAUUUGCAUGUUUUUGUGCUGUAAUUAGCGAGUAAUUAAGAUAUUUUGUAGAUAACAUACACUUCCAUUGAAUCUUAUUCGUUUGGGUUUUUUUUUGCGUAUCGCCGCCAAAAAAAAUUGAAAUAAAAAACACGCAGCAACGCAAAAAAUAUGCGUCGGCGAAAAUGAACCACUAAAGUCUCACCUUUAGCGAAGAAUAAAAAAACAAAAAGGAGUGAGAGUGAGAGAUGCGAGAGAGCAGCGAGUGAAUCGGAAAAGAGACAGGAAGCACCGAGAGAACGGCGGAGGAGAAAAACGUAUCGAUCGUGUUAGCGAAGGAAAUGAACGAUGAUUAGUAUGAGAAAAUUAAAAAACAAAGUAAAUGCGAAGGCGACGCAGCGCUCGUCGAUGGCAAGAGAGAAGUCGCUCAAUUCGAAGAAUGAGAGUGAAUAAGAGGUGAAGCGAAGUAAAAACACGAAACAAAACUGAUGUGUGAUACGUCUCUUUAUUGAAAAAGUGUGUGCGCGCGCGAGAUUUGUAACUAUUUGGGGUUGCGGGGGGGGGGGGGGAGAUUUGACGAUUGCGUGUGUGCGAUUGAUUGCGUGUGAAGUAUGCGCACAGAGAGUGCUCGAAGUACGGGGGGCAAAGCGGGGCGCGGGCGGGGAAGAGGACGGAGGGAAAGACGAAACCGAGAAAGAUCUUUGUUAGAAUAAUGGGAAAAGUGUGUCUAUUAAAAAUGAAAAGAAACAAACGACGAGAGCCAAAAUCGCGGUUCAGGGAAGUAGAGAAACGAUUAUAUUCUUUUGAACGAUAUUAAUUAAAAUUUGGAAGGGGAAAGAGCCUUCGAAUCAUCGUCUCAUCGUCGUCAUCGUCAUCAUUAUUAUCCUUAUUAUUGCAAUCAAUGCUAUUCUUUUCGUUUUCACACAUUUUCUCAAGUUUAUUGUAAAAUAAAAUCACGGAAGAGAAUAUUGUAAUUGGAAAUUCGUUGAGAAGAGGCUCGAAAGAAAAAUGGAACAAAAAGGGAUACACGUAGCUUUCAACUUAUUAUCAGGCUUCGACGGUAAGUAAAAAAAAAGACAAGCCAAAAACACUCGGGACUCGGGUAACCUCUUGAGCUCGGGCGGAUCUUUAAAAGGAGACCCGAAACGACACACGGAGACAAAAAAACAAGCUGCUGAAUAGUAACGAAAGUUUCUUUAUAGAAAUCUAUAAUAAUACAUGAACUUCACGAUCCCAUCGUGUUGUUGCGGUAUGUAAACAAUGAAUGAGGAAGGGCAAACGAAGGGGAAAAAAAAGGAAACUAUUACUCGGAACAAGUUUCGAAGUAUGUACAUGCUUUAGCGAUCUUCACACGUUUCAACCUUCCUAACAUGACUGAAGAAAGAAGGAUGGCGGGGGAGGGAGGGAGGGAGGGGCGGGGGGGGGGGGGCUCGGACGAAACAAAAUGUAGAAAAUGAGGUAGCGAAAGAGACGGAGUGCGAGUGUGUGCGCGCGCGCGUGUGUGUGUAUGCGUAGUAUGCGUGCGUGUGCGUAUGUGUGUGACGAUAAACUGGCGAAGAGGACUAGAUUUUACUUGCGUACAUGAUUAUUAUUGUAAUUACACGAAAACUCUCAAAAAUACACAUACACACGGUAUGUGAGUGAUCGAGCAUACACAUACGGGGAAAAACAAAAAUAAUGUAUGUAUAUAUUACACAUCUAUACGCUACAUCUUGCAAUUCUUUUUACCUUGAAAACAAAAAACAAAAGAAAACAUGAAACGUCUGUGACCAUCGACACGUAUACGUAGUUUGGUUCUUCUCAUUUAUUAUAUUUACGUUUUUCGCUCUUCUUUUUCGUUUUGAAGCACACUCGUUCAAAUCAUUUUUUACAUCGUCGACGAGCCAAACUAGUUCUCACACAAUCCUUCCGUUUGUUUUCUUCUCUCGCAAGUUAGGUAGCUCGCCAAAUUUGCGGCUUUCUCUAUCAUUUUACUAUUAUUUUCGUUUCGUUUUUAUCGAGCGUGAUUGACGAGAGAACAAGAAAGGAAAGAAAGGAAAUCCGCUAUACGAAGCAGAAACAAAAAUUCUCCCUGAGCCCUCUCUCCCUCCCCCCCCCCCCCCCCCCCCCCCCUCGCCCUUCCCGGCUUAUUCCCCGAGCCCCAAAGUAUCCUAACUCUAUAGACAUCUUAAUACGUGUAGCUCUUAAAUUAUUUACUUUAGUUCGAGUGGAGAUGCCUGUAAGUGUAAUUUACUAAGACUUUUUGUAAAUAAAUUAUGAAAUAAACUAGAUGUACUUUAUCCAGAAGGAUCUGCGAUCUGAAUAAUAGUACGGGGAAGGAUAUGGAUAUUCUCUCUAUAAGUAAUAAUAACAGGAAUAAUAACAAUAUGAAUAAAAACAAACAAUAUUUCGCUGC